UUCUGUUGCACUGCGUUCUUACUGUGGGACUUGUGGAAACUCAGGGGAGAAUGGGGGCUUCCCUGCUUCACUUUUCCCAUCCGCAGACUAACUUGCUGUUGGAGAUUCCUUCAUCUGUGGCAAACCCAUUGAUGUUUAUCAGCGUGGAAAGGGAAGAAAGAGGGAGUCCUAGUGUGGAUAGCUAAGGAGAUUUUCCUGGGCAGGAUUACCAAAAGAAAGAUGACAGCACUCAAUGGGAUAACCAGGACACUUUAGGAAAGAUGAACCCCGAAUCCCUGGAGCUGUCCAUCCAGAGCGCCCUGUCGGCCCUCUACCCGCCCUUCGAGGUCACCGCGCCCACCGUCCUCAGCCAGCUCUUCCGGGUCAUAGAGGAGCGUUAUCGUGGCGACGCGCUGCAGUGCUUGCUGGACUUCCUCAUCCCCGCCAAGCACAUCCUGGAGAGUGUGCAGCAGGCCGCCUGCGCCGCGUACUCGGACGUGCUGUUCCGCUGCGAGGGCUGGCCCCUCUGCCUGCGCGACCGCAUCGUCGUCCAGCUGGCCUCCAUCAACCCGCUGCUGCUGCGCCCGGGAGACUUCUACCUGCAGGUGGAGCCCUUCGCCGACCAGGCCGCCCGCAUCGUCCUCAAGAGCCUGCUGGAGGAGCACAGGCAGGUGGAGGAGACGCCCGUCCCGGAGACGUCGUACCCGAGCAUCUUCACUGAGGGCUGGCUGCAGGACGUCAACGAGGGCCGGCAUGGGCCCCCGCUGCGCCACUGUCUGCUGUCCACUGACCAGGGCGUGGUGAAGGUGCCGUGGGCCCAGGUGGCCAAACCCGAGUUCGUGGACAAGCCCAAAGCCAUGGCCGCCCCCGCCCCCGUCGUCAUCCCAGAGGCUCUGUCUGAGCCCCCCCGGCCACCUGCUGUCCCCCCGUCGUUCUCCGUGGAGACCCGCAUCCUGCCGGCCAAAGACGGGAUCGCCGUGUCCCUGCGGCUGGUGGACAGCGGCCACGCCGGGCCCGCGGCGGCCGACCGAGCCCGGCCAGCGGGGAAACCCGUGGGCUGGGUCUCGCCUAACACCUGGGACUCGCGGCGCGACCGCGAGCUGGAGGGGGACUACGUGGACCUGGUGGAGUUCGCCAAGGAAAAGGAGGCGGAGCCUCGGCCCCGCCUCCCGGCCAUCCGACCCGUCCGGCCGGCCCCGCCUGCCCCCCGCAGGGACCCCGCCCCGCCCUGUGGGCGCACGCUCAGGUUCUCUGAGGAGCCGUGCACCCCCUGCCUGAGGCGAAGGCUGGGGCAGGAGGCCGAGUCGCAGGAGCUGCGGUGCCGGUACAGGGACUCCUACCUGGCAGCGCUGCAGAACCCCGUCAGCUUCGAGACCGGGAGCAUGCUGGCCAUCCCGGAGGAGAGCGCCCCCGGUGGCGGGGGGUCGGAAUGUGAGAACGGCGGGGUGGCUGGGGGACAGUGCUGCCACUCUACACCCCCAAACCAGCCCCCCACCGCUGGCGAAGGGAGCAAUAAUCACUGCUUGCAUGCAGAGGACUUGAAGAAAGUCAGUAAAAACUUGGGGAAGCCUCUCUCCCUUUCCCCAUCCACCGUAUCGGAAACUUCCAGAAAAUGCCCUGUGGCACACAGACAGGGCAACAGGAGCAACAGUGAUAUCUUUCCUGAAAUGAUUCCGAGGAUACAUGUUGUACAGUGCAAAAAAACUACAGCUUUUGGACUGGUGUCCCCUAAAUUUGACAGACGGAAACCUUCUAAAAAAGAUGCCACCCCACCCUCCAAAGUGGAAGCCCUGCCCCCUCCACCUCCUGCUAAUGGACAAGAGCAAAAACCUGAGACCCCACAGGCCGAGAGGCGAGCCGGGCCCCAAGCACGCACCCCCUCCGCCCAGUCCUGCAAGCCGCUGCUUGUGCCCUCCCCGAAAUCCAGCAGCUGCCUCCUGCAUCUGGGAAUCGCCUGCCUUCCAGGAAGCAGAGACAGGACAGGCAGAGCCGUAGUGGAGGUUUAUGGGGACCACCAGGGCUGGAGGUCUCCUCUGGUGUCCAGCCAGGAACUCUGCAAACUGCUGUUCCUCCUCCACUCCGUUCCAAGGAAGGAGGUCCGAGAUCUGGGACUGACUGUGGUGAUAGACGCCAGAAAGAAGGCGCCUCCCGCAGCCUUUUUUAAAGCUCUCCUAAUGGCACAGGAUCAGACCCUGCAUGCUGGCCACUGCACCCUGAUGCUGGUGGACAAAGACACCAGCCCCCGUCCGGAGAAACACCCAGGACUGCAGAUGGACCUCGUGACCUCGAUGAAGGCGCUCCAUAAGGUGGUGGAAGGACAGCAGCUGACGCCGGGCCUGGAGGGCACCUUCCCCUACAGCCACAGCGACUGGCUGCAGCUUUAUCAGAAGCUGGAUCCCUUUGUGUCAGACUUGCAAGAGGCAUUGGGUUCGCUCCAGAGGGCGAUCAGGAAACUCGAAGGCAUGAAAAAAAUGGACACCGUGCAGGAAGUUGAGUGGUGCGUCGGAGAGCAGAAGGCCUUGAUGAAGGAGGUGCUGGAGGACAGCCGAUUGGUGGCCCUGCAGAGGGGGGGCGGAGCCACGCUGGCAAGACUGAGGAAAGAGGAGGCCAGGUUCUCGCAUUCUGAAGACUACCGGGAUGCCAUGGACUCAGUGACCAGCCUGUAUAACCAGGUGGAGGAGCAGGUGCACACCUUGGUGAUGAAAUCCAACGACUCCCUGCAGCACCUGGAGUUCCUGCUGAAGCUCCGGGAGCUGGAGUGCAGAUUCAGGAAGAUCCAGGAGUGGCUGCGUGAGGAAGGGGAGCCGCAGCUGGUGGAAGCUAAUUCUGCUGAAGAUACACUUCAGAGGGUGGAGCAGGCAUUGCAGAGACUGCAGUCUGUACUCGUUCAGGCCAAUGAGCAGAAACAGCAGGCCGUGGCGCUGGUAACAGAAGCAGAGAAUUUUGAGGGAUCUUCCUACCCGGAGACAGAGGCAUUCUGGGACAUGGUGCGCGCAGUCAAAUCCAGCCUGUCUGACUUCCUAUCACGGGCAGAGCAGUGUCGUGCAGAGCUCGAGAACAUGGUAGACUUGUGCCGCUUCUGUGAAAAGGCCACCGAGUUUGCCAAAGACUGCAGACAGUAUCUGGAGAAAGCGCAACCCGGGUGCUACUCAGCGAAGUCUAAUCUAAGUGCACUGAAGAGGUACCAAGAACGAUUCGGUGAAUUUUCAGCGGAGCGCUUCCAAGAUGUGAAGGCGCAAGCCUGCGCUUUACAGGGCUCAAGAGGUAUGCGGGUUUGGAACGUUGCCUGGCUCAAGUGCCAAGAAGCCAGGCAGCAGCUGGAGGAGAGGCUGCAGGACUUUGACAAAACCCAGCGGCCCGCGGCUUUGAUAGCCGACCCGAGCUGUCAGGUGAAGGGGGAUAACGAGUUUUCAACGCCGGCACGUGGCACGACUCUCUCCUCCUCCUCCUCCUCCGCAAAAGCACGGGAGAGCCAGGAGAAGACCUCCACGGCCCUGGAAGAGAGCAGGGCCUUCAGUUCCAGGGAAAGCAGCAUCCCGACAGUGACUUGCUUUAACAUAAACUUCAAACCCGACGGUAGACCGCGAAAGGGGACGGACGCGGCGGCGGAUUCCAGCGGCGAAAUUCGAACCCAGGACAAAAAAGGAGACGCUCUCGCUAAGACGGGCGGCGGGGAGCGCGGGGGCGAAGCAGACCUCACGCAGGCGGGCGCCGCGGGGUGCGAACGGCCCCCCUCGCACCAGGCGCUGGGCAGGUCUCUGAGUGAGGGCUCUGCCGUGGCCGAAUCCCAGGGCCUCCCCCGCUGCCGCGAGCAUGGCCAGCCCUCCCGCCGGAUCCUGCAGGCUGCUCAGCACUUCCAGAUGUCGCGCCACGGCAGCUUCUGCUCCGAGGAACCCUGCCGCUGCGGGCUUCCCACUGAUGGGCCCGAGGUGGCGCCUCUGGCUGCGGGGUCAGCCGAUGGGCCGGAGGGGGCGCUGCUGGCCCUGGGGUCAACCGCCGCUGCCGCUGCCGGCCCCGCUGUCUGCAGGCCCGAGGGAGUGACCUCACCUGGCAGUGCUAGCAUGGAGGAGAACGGCAACAACUUUUUGAGGCUGGAGCGGAUCGUGGAGGAGCUGCUGUUGACGGAGCGGGAGUAUGUGCGUUCGCUGGGCUACAUCAUCGGCCACUACCUCCCCCAGCUAGAGAGGCCCGACGUGCCCCAGGACCUGAGGGGCCAGCGGGGGUGCAUCUUCGGCAACCUGGAGAAGCUCCACGACUUCCACCGGCGCUGCUUCCUCGGGGAGCUGGAGGCGUGCCUCGGGGAGCCAGGACGAGUGGGCCGCUGCUUCCUCAGAAACAAAGAGAGCUUUGCUCUUUAUGCGCUCUACAGCAAGAACAAGCCCCAGUCAGACUCCUUACUCUUUCACCAUGGACAUGAGUUCUUCAAGGAGAAGCAGCUGGAGUUGGGCGACAAGAUGGACCUGUCCUCUUACCUGCUGAAGCCAGUGCAAAGGAUCAGCAAGUACAACCUCCUGCUGCAGGACAUGCUGAAUGAGCUGGGUCCACAGAGGGACAGAGAGAGGGCCGAAAUCCAGGCCGCCCUGGAGGUCAUCCGGUUCCAGCUGCGCCACGGCAAUGACCUCCUGGCCAUGGACGACAUUCAGGACUGUGAUGUGAACCUGAAGGAGCAGGGUCAGCUGAUCCGGCAGGGCGAAUUCCAGGUGUCCUACCGGAAGAAGAAGUGCCGCCGUCACGUGUUCCUCUUCCAGGACCUCAUCCUCUUCAGCAAGACCAAAAAGACCGAAGUGGGGAACGACGUGUACAUCUACAAGCAGUCCUUCAAGACCUCGGACAUCGGGAUGACCCACACCUCGGGGAACAGCGGGCUGUGCUUCGAGAUCUGGUUUCGGCGGAGGAAGUCGCAGGACACCUACAUCCUGCAGGCCGAGGGCGUGGAGGUGAAGGAGGCCUGGACCAGCGACCUGGAGAGGAUUCUGUGGGAACAAGCGGUUCACAACAGAGAGAUUAGGAUGCAGGAGCGAGUGUUCAUGGGAAUUGGCAACAAACCUUUCAUGGAUAUAAAACCGAGUGAUGCGGCUAUUAGCGACAGGGCAGUCAACUGCAUCCUGGUCGGACGAGAACCCAAGGUUUUGUCCUCCUCGGGUACGUCAGGACCCCAGGGAGAUCUCAUUUUGAUCCGGCCUAACUCUGUUGGCUCAGGGAGCACUGCGUCAUCGUCCGGCAGCCACUCCUCUUCCUCCUCGGGACGGGGUUCCCUGCCUCCCAUAGGCUACUUAUGUAGCCAAUCCCAGGCAGGGAAGGAAUCACAUGAUGUCUGUCCAGCCACAGUGGCCUUGGAAGAUGAUGACCUGGAUAACGAGCAUGAGAGCUUUCAUCUGCUGAUGGACAGUUCCGAGUCGUCUGGGGAAAGUGUGAGUGGGUUCAGCAGCUCGGAUCACAGCUGCCUGUCUGCGAUUGGAGGGGAAGCCGAGGACGCUUCCUCUGUGUCCUCCAUUCUCUGCUCCAGGGGAUGCCACGGCAACAAAACCCCGCCCAGUUUCCGGAGACGGGCCUCCCCCGUCGUGUCCCGAAAGAGAUCCUCCACUGCUCCCAAACCGCAGGCUCGGAUGAACCCCCCGUUCUCCGGAAAGGCUAAAGAAACUGAUCCAGUUGGAAAAUCUACAGAGGUUUAACAGUCUUUUCUAGUUGGUAUGUGCUACUUUACUCAUUUGAGGUCAUCCAGUGGAACUGGAUUCAAGAAGAAGAACAGAGGAACCAGAGAUAGACUUUUAAACGUCAUGCUGCCCAAGGUUUCAUUUGAAAAGGAAAUUGCAAGCACUUGAUACAAUUCUGCCAUCCUUCUUCACGUUGCAAGUUUAAUCUUAUGACUGGGACGAUGCCACAUGCGUUUUCCAUUCAACACCAUACAUGCCUUUACACUGCAUCUGCAUUCAAGGGAAGUCUAUCAGUUUUCACACAGGGCGUGGCUUUCCUAGAAAUAAAUUAUUCAGCAGCUUGAUUUACUAUACUUGAUUUACCAUAUGUGCUACAAGAUGUUAGCAGAAAUGCUCGUAAUUUCCUGCCUGGCUUACAAUAUUACCGCCGUGAAUCAUCCGGCAGCAGUCUUUUAUCGUGUAACUUAGUGUUUAUUAUGUUCAAUAAACAUCCCAAUAUCAGACAGCAAAACUGAAAAUGUUGAAUGAUGUAGUUCAAGGUGCCAACCUGUAUUUUUACCACAUUGUUAGAUACAUGUAUUUCUUUACCACAUCAUGUUAGAUACAUACCAUUUUGAAUUUGUUAUUUGUAACUACAAAACAUGUAAAAUCAUUGUGAAUUGUAUGUCAUCAAUGUCAUAUGAUACGUACUGUAAUAUUAAGACAAGGUACCUUAUAGGCAUACGUGACACAAAACUGUGAAGAAAUUUAAUCAAUGACUCUAGUCCACAGGCAAAUGUCCACAGGCACAGAAGUAUGUGUUAGCACGGUGCUAGCAGCUGUACACCUGCAUACUGUCUGUAAUAUGAUUGACAACCGACUUACUGCUAAUCAACCAAUGGUCACAUGUCCACUAACAUAAAAAGGUGCUAUCAGUUUCGGGACCAUUUUCUGUCAGUUUUUCGCCUGGAUUACUGAGCCAGUUUGUGAUUAAAACACGUCAGAUGUUCAUUUAAAAAAGUAAAGACAAAGGAGAUUUUUAAUGUGUAUGGUUAUUGGGAAAAAUAGCAAUACUUGUAAAUUUGUCCUCACAUCAGAGAAUUCAUACGUCUUCAGCAUUUGGCGGUUGGUUUCCUGUAAGGCCAAUUGCUUAUCCUGCAAAACAUACGGCAGCCAAUUAAUGAUGUGUGUGUGGAGAUAAAAGAAGACAAUAGAGAAAGGAAUGUGUGUAGUGUUGCUUGAGUGUAGUUGGCUCAGUUUUUUUUCUUCCCUGUGCCUCAAAGCGCAGUGGCCAUAACAGACUGUACAUAAAUACUACAUAGAUAUACACCAGGUAAUAUGACUUUACAUGUCAGCUAGCGAUCAGAGAGAAGGGGGAUAACACUAAACUCCACGACCAUCUGUGUAGUGGACCAGAUCAGCCCAAAGAAUAUGCUGUGAAGCUUUCUGCCUUAAGAUUGUGAAAGCACUGUUACAAAACCCCUGUCUUAAUGUGAGUCCAUGGACUAAAACCAAUGGAAGAAUACAAACUUGCCUUAACAGUGUGAAAUUAGAUUUCACAGCAAUCCGAAUGACUAAAAUGACAGUAAUGCGUCGAGUCAGAUUUAUGAUCAGCUGUUGCAAGAGAAAGCAUCCCUCUGGAAAAUUAUUACCUUAUUAUGUGGGUUUUUUUUUUCAUUUUAUUGUAUAGUUCAUUUCUGUUUUGCAUUGUUUGUUGAUGUCUUUCAGCCUUGCCUGACCCAUGAUGCUGUAUUUAUUA